GCUCCAAACUUAUCGCAGAGUUUCUCUAAAAUUAAUAAUUUUAUUUAUUUAUAGUUGCAGUAUUUGAAAUUAAUAAAUAACGGUAAAUCUAGUUUGAUAAAAGUUAAAUUACUAGAAUUAGAAUAUACUACUUACUCGACUCCAUAUUCUCUACUUGUUCCUGAAAAACAAGUGUCUGUUUUGGUUGUUCGAGGUCGAGAUAGGUUUACGGUACUCAUUUUGACGAACUGCAAGUGUUUAGGUGAUCACGAAUAUCCGUUUGAUCUUUUUGAGUUGUGUGGUAAAGUUAGACGCUGGCUAAUGUCGGAACAAUUGUCGGCAUCACAAAUGGCUGCCCAGCGGAGGCGCGAGAAAAUUCUUGGCAAUUCCAACAAUCGUUUGAAGCUGGUUACUGGCCAGUCUGAAGAACUGGAGCGUACGCCAGAGCCUAAACCCAGUCCGAAGAAUGCAUCAAACACUAGCCUUAAAAACAAUCCAUCAAAAUCUUCAGUAUCCAGAAACAUUUCUUUGAGAGUAUACAAAUGGACGUGGCGGGUUUUGUUACUAGCACUCCUUUCCGUAUUGCUGAUGGCAUUGCUCGACUUGAAUCAUGCUUUCGUUAAAUUCGUUGCUUGCUUUUCCACGUUGGAAGGCUUGUUUUUGGCCGUUCAAUGGAUCCAUCUGCGAGAUUUUUUUGGACUUAAAACGUAUUUGGAAUUUCUGUUCAGGCCUGCAGCGCAAGCGGGCGAAAUUGGUCAGUACGUGGAUUUGGCAUUGAUGUUUUUUGGACUCGAAGGAAAACGAGCGGAGUUAUUUCGCUGUAUCAUAGUUUAUGGUAUUCAGAUUGCCUGCGAUUUUUUCUUAUUUACUUUUUUUUUCGUUGUUGUGCAUUCAUUGUUAAGAUGAUUGUUUACAAUUCUUUCCAGAGUCUUCCUUUUUAACGAAAGUACUAUUUAUUUUAAAACCCUUUUGGAUGAUCGUAAAUGUUUUUUGGAUUUAUUUUUACCAGUAUAAAUCAGUGAGUAUAAGUUUCAGUUCGUUACUAUUUUACUGGAGAAGUCUGCCUGAUAAAUAAUGGAGUUCCGGUGGAA